AGAAACAAACCAAAAAUGUAUCCCCUGGUACCGCUUUCCUCUCCACUCGGACCAAUAGAAAUUCCGAGGAUUAGCACAUGGGUGCUCCAACCGUUUGGCGCGGGGGAGGGGUCGGAGCAUCUUCUCCGGGAGCCUAUUGGACGAAUCCGAAUCUGGUCGCCGGAUUUGUCCGGCUUCCCACCCCGGGCCGGGGACAGGGCUGCGGUGCGGCGCGCCGGGGGCGUGGCCUGGGAUUCCCCGGGAGGGGAGGACACUGUAUGUCCUUGGGUGGAGAGGGGAGGUGACUCCGGCCGAAGAGAAGGACGCAGAAUGAGGGCCCUGCGGGUCUCCCCGGCGCUGGUCCGCUCCUUCAGCUCAACCGCCCGGAACCGCUUCGAGAACCGAGUGGCCGAGAAACAGAAACUCUUCCAGGCGGACAAUGACCUCCCGGUGCACUUGAAGGGCGGGGCAACCGAUAACAUCCUGUACCGAGUGACCAUGGGGCUGUGUCUGGGCGGCACCGCCUACAGCCUGUACUGCCUUGGCUGGGCCUCCUUCCCCCACAAGAAGUGAGACCAAGAAGCCUACAGGACCUGAAACAGUAUCAAUAAACGUGUUGCUUCUUGGGGAA